AUUCCAUCAUGUCAUAUUGUGUUAAUUUGCCUAGAUAAUAUUUUAAAAACCUGUUCAUACGGAACUUGGGGAUUUUUUAGAUUGAAAAUAAUUGAUAAUAAUAAUAAUAAUAAUUUUAGGUAUUAACAAAUUUAUAUGCCAUUUCAUUUUUAGAGUCUUAAUUUUUUUUUAAAAUGUCUGAAAACCAACCAAAAGAAGAGAACACUCAAAAUGCAUUAUCUGAGUUGUUAGAUGAUGCUCUCAAAGAUUUUGAAGAACCUAAUGAAUCAAAUGAAUCAGCCGAUGCAUCAAAAAUAUCUGAAGUUACUAAUUUUAGUGCAAGUGAUAACUUUUUAAAAGAGAGUCUUGAAGAAACAAUGAAAUCAUUCAUGAAUAGUGAUCAAGCAGAAUUAGCUGCUGGCCUACAAGAACUAAUUUUAGGAGAUGGAGGAUCUGAUUUACAAACAGUUAUUCAAGAAUCAUUAAAAAGUUUAUCAGAAGCAAAACAAAAUCUACCAGAGGGAAGUGAUAUGACUUCAAUGUUUGCCAAUAUGGGUAUUCAAGACGAUAUAAAUUUAGAUGAAGACAUGCUGCCAAUGUUAAUGCAAUUUAUGCAGCCACUGCUGAGCAAAGAUGUGCUUUAUCCAUCUAUUAAAGAUCUGUGUGAUAAGUAUCCAAAAUGGCUUGAGGAUCAUGAACCAACAUCUGAUAAGGAAGAAUUUGAAAGGUAUACACAAAUGUUUAGUUGUAUAAAAGAAGUGCGAGAUCAUUUAGAAAAUCAACAAGAUACAGAUGAUGAUGUCACUAAGACAAGGAAGUUUAAAGAACUCAUGGAGUUAUUAAAAAAAAUGCAAGAAUGUGGCCAACCGCCAGAGGAAUUAAUGAGAGAUGUAGCUGAUGGCAAUCCAAUACCGGACAAUGUUGGCCAAUGCACUCUUAUGUAGCAAAUGUUUAUCUUGAAG